GCAUGUGGAGUAGUAUAUUUUCCAUAGAUGUGAUGUAUGUCUGGAAUUUGGCUACUGAUUCAGAGGACUUCUGGUGUAGAUGGACCAGAGACAGAGUAAAAGAUAUUGGGGAAGAACCCUAUCUGGCCAUGAAUCCCUAUGAGGUAGACACAUGUCUAUUUUCUCCCUCGAGCGUCCUCUCCUCUGCUCUGCGAGGUGUCUUAACAGGACGCCCAACCAUUGCACAGUAUCCCAAUUUUAUCAGAGGCUUCCAGAUGCAUAGCAAGUACCUGGAGAGUGAAGGAUUUUCUACCUGGAAAGAUACAGUGAUAGACUCCUUCCCAAAUAAACUGAUGGAAACAGCAGACGAUGAGCUCUCCCUGGUUGAUACUGGAUUUUUCAUCAAUACCAGCUACCCACCACUUUUGAGAUCGAAGAGGGAGGUGGAUGUCAUCCUGCAUUUAAAUUACAGUGGAGGGUCCCAGACACUGCCUCUGGAUCAGAUUGCAAAUUACUUCUCGGGGCAAGGAAUUCCGUUUCCUAAAAUUGAGAUAAGUGAAGAAGACAGGGAAAACUUGAAGGAAUGUUAUGUGUUUGAAGAUGCUGACUGUCCACAAGCUCCAACAGUGCUUUUUUUCCCCCUAGUAAAUGACACUUUCAAGAAAUAUAAAGCUCCUGGUGUGGAAAGGAGUCCUGAAGAGAUGGCUGGAGGCAAAGUUGAUGUCUCCAGCAUCUUCUCCCCAUUUACAACAAGGGAGGUGUGUUUCAGUGAAGAGAAUUUUGACAAACUGGUGAAACUGACUGAUUACAAUGUCCUGAAUAAUGAGAAGUCAAUUAUUCGGGCCUUGCGCUUGGCAGUGGCACGGAGGAAGCAGCGGAAAUAUUAG